AUGAUGAUGCUGAAGCAAACAGCGAAGAAGACUUUUCUAGGACUACGGAAUUCGACGGCGGGGUGUCGAUUCUACCACGAGAAUGUUAUAGAUCACUUUGAAAACCCUAGAAACGUUGGGUCCUUCAAGAGGGACGAUCCCAACGUUGGCACAGGACGGGUUGGAACAGCUGCCUGCGGGGACUUGAUGGCCCUCCAGAUUAAG